AUGACUUAUGCAUUCACUGAAAAGGAUCUCGUGAAGAAGGUUGCCACAUCAUUCAAGAUUAACGUAACUGGAGACGAUGGCUCCAUGAAGAAGUGGACUAUUGAUGCAAAAAGCGAUCCUGCAUACGUUGGCCACGAGGAAAAGCCGGUAGAAAUCGAAAUAAGCAUCAGGGACGACGACUUUAUGAAAAUUGCUGAAGGAAAGCUGAAGCCCGAUCAGGCAUUCAUGCAAGGAAAGAUGAAGCUGAAGGGAAAUAUUGCUAAAGCCAUGAAGCUGAAGACUCUGCUCGACCCCAAGAUGCUCAAAUCAAAGAUCUAA